GAAAGGCGGGGGCGCCACCGGAAGCGAGGAAGGUGCUGUGUAAUCAUCCAGCAAGCUGGGGGUCCUUGGAUCUCCUAAAAUGCCGGAUUACCUCGGUGCAGAUCAGCGGAAAACCAAAGAAGAUGAGAAGGAAGACAAGCCCAUCCGAGCUCUGGAUGAGGGGGAUAUUGCCUUGCUGAAAACUUAUGGUCAGAGCACUUACUCUAGGCAAAUCAAACAGGUUGAAGAUGACAUUCAACAACUUCUCAAGAAAAUUAAUGAGCUCACGGGUAUUAAAGAGUCUGACACUGGCCUGGCCCCACCAGCACUCUGGGAUUUGGCUGCCGAUAAGCAAACACUCCAGAGUGAACAGCCUUUGCAGGUUGCGAGAUGCACAAAGAUAAUCAAUGCUGAUUCGGAGGACCCGAAGUACAUUAUCAACGUGAAGCAGUUUGCCAAGUUUGUGGUGGACCUCAGUGAUCAGGUUGCACCUACUGACAUUGAAGAAGGCAUGAGAGUUGGUGUGGACAGAAAUAAGUAUCAGAUUCACAUUCCACUGCCUCCUAAGAUUGACCCAACAGUUACCAUGAUGCAGGUGGAGGAAAAACCUGAUGUUACAUAUAGUGAUGUGGGUGGCUGUAAGGAACAGAUUGAGAAACUUCGAGAAGUAGUUGAAACCCCAUUACUUCAUCCAGAGAGGUUUGUUAACCUUGGCAUUGAGCCUCCUAAGGGUGUGCUGCUCUUUGGUCCACCGGGUACAGGCAAGACACUCUGUGCUCGGGCAGUUGCUAAUAGGACUGACGCUUGCUUCAUUCGAGUUAUUGGAUCUGAACUUGUACAGAAGUACGUCGGUGAGGGGGCUCGAAUGGUUCGAGAGCUCUUUGAAAUGGCCAGAACAAAGAAAGCCUGCCUUAUCUUCUUUGAUGAAAUUGAUGCUAUUGGAGGGGCUCGUUUUGACGACGGUGCUGGGGGUGACAAUGAAGUGCAGAGGACCAUGUUGGAGCUGAUCAAUCAGCUGGAUGGGUUUGAUCCUCGAGGCAACAUUAAAGUUCUGAUGGCCACAAACAGACCUGACACUCUGGACCCAGCGCUGAUGAGGCCUGGGAGACUGGACAGGAAGAUUGAGUUUAGCUUACCUGAUCUAGAGGGUCGGACUCACAUUUUUAAGAUUCAUGCCCGUUCAAUGAGUGUUGAAAGAGAUAUCAGAUUUGAAUUGUUAGCACGACUGUGUCCAAAUAGCACUGGUGCUGAGAUCAGAAGCGUCUGCACAGAAGCUGGUAUGUUUGCCAUCCGAGCACGGCGAAAAAUUGCUACUGAGAAGGAUUUCUUGGAAGCUGUAAAUAAGGUCAUCAAGUCCUAUGCCAAAUUCAGUGCUACUCCACGCUAUAUGACAUACAACUGAGCCCUGGAGGUGUUCAUGAAAACACUGUUCAUUGGAAUCCUAACCUUAUACAGACUUCUUAAUAACCAUUUCACACACAAAAUAAAUGGUUUUCAAAAUUG